AUGGUGCUCUCGCUAUCUGUCUCGCGCUUUGCGAGGCCAAAUCUUACCCAAAUGUCUAGCGACGGCACCAUCUCGACCACCAUUGCCGAAGCUCUGCGCAACAACCCCUUUGGCACACGGUCCCGCCCCGCGCCGACCUCCGCCCACGACCCGAGACAAGAGGAAGAGCAACUCAAUCACGAUCUCGAGACACUGGCCAGGAUAUUCCCUGACGUGAAAAUCGAGGUCUUUCGGGAACUCCUCGUUCGAUUCGACGGCAAUAGCCGGCUCCAUGUCUGCACCGAACAGCUCCUUCGCCACAAGGACGAGUGGGUAGCCGGAAGAUGGAAAGUUCCGGAGGGAACUAAAGAAGGUAGCGAUAAUAUUGAACGUGGUGUCCGAACUCGUACAGAAACCGGUGAAGUUAUAGUUCCUGCGAAUGAGCGUUUCCGGUCGACCGAGUACAAAGCUGCGGUCAAGGCGGCUCUGACGAAGGAGUUCAGCGGCCUCAGCAAGAGUACGGUCGAGGCGGUGCUUGCGGAAGUGAAUUUCAGUUACAUGCGUGCGCACCCGACUCUCCGGGACCUGUCGCGGAAGACCUGGCGAGCCACAAUCAAUAACAUCCUUCCCUCCUUCAAGAACAAGCGGGAGCGCGACCCGCACCACCCACUGAUCGUGUGGCAUCGACACUCAGAAGGGGAGCUCAUACCACGGCUGAAAGAGACGGGCUGUUCGGAAUUGGAUCAGGAACUGCACGAUGCGCUGCUGGUGCCGCUUCUCCGGGCGAAUCAGGAGGCUCGGGAGGAACAGGACCGUCGACUGGCGGUACAACUGAACGUACACGAAGCCAUCGCGGCCGAAGCGCUGUACGAGUGCGAGUGUUGCCUGUCAGAUGUAACUUUUGAGGAGAUUGCCACGUGCUCCGAAAAUGCGCACAUCAUGUGUUAUGACUGCAUUCGCCGAACAAUUCACGAAGCGCUUUUUGGACAGGGUUGGUCGCAGUCGAUCGACACGGAGAGAUCGACCCUGAAAUGCUUAUCACCUGUCUCGGACGAGCCGUGCACUGGGAGUUUAAACGCUGAUGUCGUUAAGCAAGCUCUUCUUCUAGAGAAAUCCGGCCUGGAGACAUAUACCAAGUUUGAGACGCGGUUGGCUUCGGACGCCCUGAUGAGGACUCAGUUGAAACUUGUCCGCUGCCCCUUUUGCUCCUAUGCCGAGGUCGACUCGGCGUAUCAUCCUCCGGAAGGGGGGAUUCCCUGGCGGUUUCGCCGGGAUGGAUUGAUUCCAACUAUUCUAAUGACUUUGUUAUUGCUUGAUUUGAUACCCUUACUCGCGAUUCCCCUGGUGAUGCUACAUCUUGUGGAUUCUACGAUUAUUCCUACUAUUCUGCGCAACUCUAUACUCCACCUUUACCUCACGAUCCGCCCGAAGAAAUUCAUCUGCGCCAACUCCCUUUGUCGGGAGACUAGCUGCAUUACUUGUCAGAAACCGUGGCGGGAUCCACAUGUCUGCCACGAGCCACUGCUACUGGAUCUCCGGGCUACAGUUGAGGCCGCUCGAACGGCUGCCGUAAAACGCACCUGUCCCCGAUGUGGCACAUCAUUUGUGAAAUCCUCUGGCUGCAACAAACUCACCUGUGUAUGCGGAUAUUCCAUGUGUUAUCUUUGCCGCAAGGGCCUUGGACCUCUGGCCCGGAAUGGCCCCAACAAUCCGGGGAACAGACGGCGUCGUCGACGCAUGAACCAACAGGAAAAUAUCCGUCCUGUUGGGGGAGCAGGCAUUCUUGGACCUCAGCCUGAGGACCCCGAGAGUGACUCUGAUGAAGAAGAACCCGAAGGCUACCACCAUUUCUGUGAGCACUUCCGUGUCCUUCCUGGUGCCAGAUGCACGCAAUGCUCCAAGUGCGAGCUUUACCAAGAUGAGGACGAAGAGACAGUGGCGCGCCGAGCCGGUGAACAGGCGGAGCGCGAGUGGAACGCCCGACAGGCUGCUUCUGGCGUGGGAGUGGGAAAGUUGCAAGUGAACCGUGAUUUUUCCAUGAAACCUGGGCCCGGUCGAGUCCCGCGACGAGGACAGGGCAGGAGCUGGAGCUACUGGCUGCACGACGUGUGGCAGGAUGGGCAGUGGAGGAUGGAGGGACAGGUGCUCGUGGACUGGGUUGUUGAACGAGUGGUGGUCAUUGACGAGAUAUGA